ACUCGGGUCUGACAACCAGGGACAACUGGCCCGUGCAGUUGACGAAGAGGGCUGCGUGGGGAAAGGCCCCGAGGAGCCAUGGCUCAGCAAGAAGAGGAAGAAGAAGUGACCCUGGGGAAGAUGGACUCCCGGGACCCGCUUACCAAAGAGAUUGACUUGGUGGAAAGAGACCCCAAGCAGAUCAACCAGGAGGUCAUAAAGGUGGACUUUGAAGAUGUGAUCGCCGAGCCAGAGGGUACCCACAGCUUUGACGGGGUGUGGAAGGCCAGCAGCUCCACCUUCACAGUCAGCAAGUACUGGUGCUACCGGAUCCUGUCAGGGGUGCUGGGGGUGCCACUGGCCUUGCUCUGGGGCUUCCUCUUUGCCUGCGUCUCCUUCUGCCACAUCUGGGGGGCUGUGCCUUGCAUCAAGAGCUACCUCAUAGAGGUGCAGUGCUGUGGCCGCUGCUACGCCCUCUGCAUACGCACCUUCUGCGACCCACUCUUUGAAGCCGUGGGGAAGGUCUGCAGCGACGUCCGAGUGGCCCUGCGCAAGGAGCGCACCAAAGACUGA